AUGGACUCCUCAGAUAACGACGUCGAAGCUGUCGACGAAGCCCUCAUGGCUCAGAUGGGCUUCUCAUCCUUUGGCGCUGCUUCACCACCCUCAAAGCGUCGUCGCUAUAAUCCAAACGCAGACGCAUCACUGCCCUCAAAGUCCUCCGCUACUGGCGCAAACUCCACAGCCUUGGGCACUGGCUCCAACACUGAUGAGAUCGCCCUUGAUGAUGAUGACAACGAGGACGAAAAAGAGAAACCUGGACAGAAAGCCUCAGCUCAAGCACGCCCGGCUAGUCUCCCUCAACGGCCUGCGCCGGCGUCUGUACCACGACAGGGGCAACACUCGGUGCCACAUGAGCGCAGGGAUGAUUGGUACAUUGGGUACUAUGACAGUCUGUCUAAUGCGAAUCCCUGGGAGAGGAUUGAGAAGGCUCGCGGCUUGACGACACGAGGAACGUGGGUGCCCCUGGAAAAAGCCAAUGCUACGACGACAGCUGUUGCACCAGCUUGA